GCAUUCAUGUGUCGAUUCAUGAAGGCUGACAUUUUGAACAUUGUGUUAUGGGUAAUUCAAGGGGAAUUAAUCAAGAAGUAAAGCUUAAAUGAUCUAAUUAGCAGAAUUGUCAAAUUAUUUCAUUAAUGUUCCACAUUCAUCAAUUUGUGCGUGUCAGGAAUACUGGGCAUUGUCAUCCAGUCUGCAUAGAGAGUUUGCAUCUUCCUACCACAUCAGUCUUUGAGAAAUAAUCAAUAGUGUGCUGAUAUAGAAUUCAGGGGGAAAAGACCUCCAAACUAGAUAAAGACAAGAACCUAGUGGUUUUGAGUUUCUUUGUCGUAGUGAAUUAUUGCAAAUGUGACAGACGGGUUUGGGGUUUCAGACUGAAAUAAGUGCAAUAGGGAAGGCAGCAUUUGUAUGUUAUUGAUUUAACUUUUAACAUUUGGUUAUUUUAUGAUUCUUAUGAACUUAACAUUUGAGAAUUGAAAGUCAGCAAAACAAGUAUGUAGCCUUGGAGUAAGCUGUAUAUGUGUUUACCACAUUUUGAUUGUCUAAAUGAUCAGAUUUUCUUUCUUUUUUUCGUCAUUUCAACUAAAAUGUGAUCAUGUCAAUCACGGGUAGAACACAUCUGUUGUGUGACAAAGUGAGACAUUCACGUACAGACAGUAGGUCAACUCCUUCGUGGACAUAAAUCUUCCAGGAUGAGAUCUAUAUUGAAACAUGCCAUAAUGGCUGCCAGCAGGAGGAGGCGUCUGCUGCUCUAUGGUGGCUUCCUGCUUGCACUGGGCGUUGCCUGUCUCCAGGUGACCUACUUCAGCGAGGGGUACCGGCCCCUUCAGGUGCUCACAGAUGCCCAGAGUGAGGCGCGACGUCUACUCAAGUUCAUCACCCUAUACCACUAUCAGUGCAAUGUCACCAUGCAGGGGCUAAAUGUCACCAUGUGGCCGGUGUGCUUGGAGAAAGCUGGAGGCUUGAACCUGGUGCUGGGAGGGCCCAGGGUCAUGUUCUCUAUAGGACCAAGUGGCGAUUUAUCCUUGGAGAGGACACUUGCAGUCAACUUCUCGUAUCAAGUCAACAUCUUCCACCACCAGAUAGUGUCGCCAGAGCAGCUAGGAAUCGUGGGUAACAACACUCGUGUGUACAGGACAAUAAUUGUGCCAAAUGACCCUUCGGACUAUGGUCGCAACUCAUAUGAGAGCCAAACAGUGAAUAACGUGUUUGAUGUGUUCAAGACUGACGUGUUGGACGUUCUCAAGGUGGACACCCUUGCGGACAUGGACCACUCACACGAGCUGAUCUACUACAUGGUGAAGGACCGCCUCCUGGCCAACGUCAGGCAGCUCCACUUCGCUCUGUACAUUGACAAGGUAGAUGAUGACUACCUGUACAGCUGGUACCGGGCCUUGUACAUGCUGUUCCACACGGCUGGUUUCCGGCUCUAUCACACCACGGCAUCUGACGGCCUGUGUCUGCAGGUGACCCUCAUGGAGUCCUGCGUGUACUUCCUGUCAUGGACCCGCGACCCUGGACCAGACUACUUCAUCCUCUACCCACCAGCUAUUGAUGGUUCUGAUGAGUUUGAGACAGACCGACUGCAGGACUAUAUGGAAGAUGUGAAGGCAUCAUGCUAUAAAAACCUUGAACUUAGUCUUCCUUCAGUUGGCUCAGUAUCAAUAUGUCUGGACAAAGUUGAGGCACAAAAACAUAAACCUUGCCAGUUUAUUAUUUUCCGGGGUUCAGGUAUGGAGGGUUCUACUACUCGGUUGCCAGACAGCCGCUGUACAGUGACCACACUGGAGGUGAGCCUCUUGUCAGCAGUGCCACCUACCUUCAGGGUGUAUCAGCACAGCUAUGAACGGACUGUUUCUGAUAGGGUGUAUCUGGAGGAUGCUCUACAGAAGUACAUGCAGUCAACCUUCACCAACCUUGUGCUCGUGGACAUGGGCAGCCAUCUCUGGAGCUUCCUCACUUCUCUACUGGAUAGUGGGGCUCUCUAUAAUGUUGAUCAGCUGAUGUUGAACAUCCACGACCUCUGGGGGGGUCACAAGGCAGUGGAGACUCGAAGAAGCUUCAGUGAACUCAUGCGGGUAGAGGCGUAUGGCUUCAGGAAAUACAAGAUUGGCAACGAUAAGUUGACAUUCCAUAGUGAGGCAGCUACUAACAGUGGCAAUGUGGUUAUAAACUACCUGAAAACUGAGGCAGGAAGGAUCUCUGAAUGAGUAAUACUCAAGUUUGACUUCCCUUCCAUAAUGAUAUUCAGUGCAGCUGUUGUAUUUAUAUAAGUCAAUGUAUUUGUAUUUUUUUUUUUACCAGUAUGUUCUUAAUGUUAUUAUUGUCCGCUACCGGUUUCACCGGAGGAGACUUAUGGUUUUCGCUCUGUGUGUCCGUCAGUCUGUCACACUUUUCUGGAUCCUGCGAUAACUUUAAAAGUUCUUCAUAUUUUUUCAUGAAACUUGAAACAUGGACAGAUGGCAACAUGAAGAUUAUGCACGUCAUUUCAUUUUGUUCCUACGUCAAGAAUUCUGGUUGCUAUGGCAACAAAUAGACUAGAAAUACUGCUGAAAAUGGUGGAUCCUGCACACUUUUCUAGAUCCUGCACACUUUUCUGGAUCCUGCGAUAACUUUAAAAGUUCUCAAUAUUUGUUCAUGAAACUUGCAACAUGGAUAGAUGGUAAUAUGGACAUUAUGCACGUCAUUUCAUUUUGUUCAUACGUCAAAAAUUGUGGUUGCUAUGGCAACACAAAAAAAAUAAUCUGAAAAUGGUGGAAUUUCUGACAAUUGUGGAGCCGGUAGGGGACCAUAUUGCUUGACAAUAGCCUUGUUGUACUUGUAUUUGUAUUGUUAUAUUUAAAUGUUUUAAUAUGAGUAAGUAUAUGUAGUUUUGUUGAGUCAAUUAAUUUAUUUAGUAUUUGAUGGCAAUUUAUUCUAUGUACGUUUUAAGAUAAUUUAUGUUUUGAUAAUAUAUUCUUCUAGGCAUCAGCGGUUAUAGAGUUGUUCCGUAUCAACAUGACAUGUACCAAGGGUUAUAUAGACAUAGAAGUGAAGUACAAUUUACAAAUAAAUAUACUUCAGAAGUAGUUACUUAUUGUAUAAAUGUACACAGGGUGCAGGAUCAACGGGGUUCACAGGGGUUUACACACGGGUGGUUGCAGAAUGCAAACACUCCGAUAAGAACUUUAUGUUCUCAAAUAACUCCAGUUAUUGAAAUACAUAUGCAAAAAUCUUUAGUGCAUAAAAGACAGUUUUUCUUGUAGUUUGUGCCGAUAUCUUAAGGUAGAAGAAUAAAUCCUUGAAUACUCUGAAAUUGGUGUCAAAAUUUCAUGUUGUUUGCAGCAUAACCUUAUACAUGGAUGCUGUACACAUCAAUUUUUUGGCCAAGAACACAUAUUAUUUAUUACAUUGCUUAUUACAUAAAGAAAUUCUGAUGUAUUUCACAUUGACAUAAGCAGCAUAAAAACGGUCUUUCACGCACUAGUUAAAAUUAUUAUGAACAAGCGAUGUGUGAAACACUGUCCACAUAUAUUUGACCUUUGACUCUGAAGGAUGACCUUGACCUUUCACCACUGAAAAUGUGCAGCUCCAUGAGAUACACAUGCAUGCCAAAUAUCAAGUUGCUAUCUUCAAUAUUGCAAAAGUGUACAUUUAAUGAGUGAUUUUGACCCAUAUAUUUGACCAUUGACCUUGAAGGAUGACAUUGACCUUGACAUUUCACCACUCAAAAUGUGCAGCUCCAUGAGAUACACAUGCAUGCCAAAUAUGAAGUUGCUAUCUUUAAUAUUGCAAAAGUUAUGGCAAAUGAUAAAGUUUGCACAAACAAACCAACAAACAAACCAACAGAAAUAAACUUAUUUAUUUCAUGAUUGUAUCAUCACCGUGCAUCUUCAAAAUGUGUGGAAUUGGACAAGCUUUUAGUAUUAAUAAGAAUGCCAAAAUAUAAAUAGUUCCACAAAAGCAGUUAAACAAAUACAAAUGUGUAGUUUAUUUUUUAUUGGACUUUACCGAAUGUAUUUAUUUAUGACCUUUUUGUAAAAAACAACAUGUUUAGAAGUAUAUUUAUUAGUCAAAUAAAAAAUUGAUUUAUUA